AUGGAUCCACAAAAGGAAGAAGCCAUCUUCAAUGAACGCUUCGUCAAGAUCAUUUGUGUUGGCGCUGGCGUUUCUGGACUCUGCUUGGCUUACAAGCUGGGGAGGUCUUUUCAGAACUAUUCCCUAACUAUAUAUGAGAAGAAUCCGGAGGUAGGAGGGACUUGGUUUGAGAAUACUUACCCGGGCUGCGCGUGCGAUGUCCCGUCGCACAAUUACACGUAUUCUUUCGAGCCAAAGGCAGAUUUCUCAUCUGUUCUCGCAAGCUCAGGCGAGAUCAAGGAAUAUUUUGAGGGUUUUGCUGUUAAGUAUGAUCUGCUGAAACACAUGCGGACCGAGCACCAGGUCAUUGAGACUUCUUGGGACCAGCCUAAAGGCCAGUGGAGCGUCAAAGUCACUAAUCUUAAGACGAACAAAACGAUCGAUGACUGGUGUCAUAUUCUCAUUCAUGCGACUGGGUAUUUGAACAAACCAGCUUGGCCAUCUGUACCAGGACUCGAGAAGUUCAAGGGACCCAAACUUCAUAGCGCCAAGUGGGAUAGCACCGUAUCUCUUGAAGGCAAAGAUAUUUUGUUGAUAGGAUCCGGAGCAUCAAGUGUUCAAAUCUUACCAACGAUCCAACCUCACGUCAAAUCCGUGAAGGUAUUUAUUCGAACACCUCGUUGGACCUUACCCUCAGUCAACUCAAAGAAGGGUAAAUUCUCUCCAGAAGAAAUUGAGAAAUUUGUCAGUGAUCCAGACUCGGUUAUGAAGCUUCGGCUGGAAAAUGAGCGAACGUUAAAUAGUUUCUUCACUAUGUACAUGAAAGGAACUGUCCUUCAGAAGCAAGCUCGUGAACAUUUGGAGAGCGAGAUGAAGAAAGUUGUUCUUGACGAAGAAGCUCAGAAGAAGCUUGUUCCGGACUUUCCAGUCGGGUGCAAACGGAUUCUCCCUUCGGGGGAUCAGUUUCUUCAUGCGAUCAAGAACGACAACGUCCAAGCGGUCUACUCUGGUGUCAAAGAGAUCACUGAGAAAGGCUGUAUAAGCGACGACGGGCAGCACUACGCAGGCGAUGUCAUCAUUGCAGCCACUGGCUUCGACACGUCGUUCAUCCCUCGUUAUCCCAUCUACUUCAAAGGGCAUAACCUCCAAGAAGAUUGGAGCACCUCUAUUACAGGCUACAUGGGAGUCGGCAUCUCGGAGUGUCCCAACUCAUUUACCCUAGCAGGUCCAUGGUCCCCGAUCUCCAACGGCCCCGUCAUCGCUCCCAUUGAAGCUCAGGCGGAUUUUAUCUGUGCUUUUAUCGACAAGUACCAAACUGAAACUGGUAUGCAUAGCAUGAGCCUGAAAGCAGCUGCAUGCUAUGACUUCAAGAGCUACAUGGCACAGGUUACCCAAAAGAUGGUAUGGUCUGGUAAUUGCCGCCACGCACAUAACAUUAAGCCAAACUGGGGUCAGUCUUCGAUUACGUGGCCUGGAUCUACGCUGCACUACUUGGAAGCAAUGCGAGAACCCAGGUUUGAGGAUUAUGACUUUGAGUAUAGUGGGAACAGGUUUGCAUGGCUGGGUAAUGGGUUAUCUCAGACUGAGUGGGACCCUACGGCUGAUUUGGCAUACUACGUAAGGACUGAGGAUGAUGGAAGGCAUUUGAGUAGAGGCGCGCGGACAAGAGUCAUUUCGAAGAGUGGAAGUCAGUCACCGAGGGAACUUCAUCGUCAGGCUAAGCUUGCAGCCAAGAGCUAG